AUGGAAAAACCAUAUAAUGACACAAUGUCCCAUGAGUUGAAGAAGGUCCCACAAUGUGAAUUUUGUUAUGCAAAAAAAUUUGAAUACGAACCUCCAAGUUUCUGUUGCUCAAAUGGUGAAGUAGUCCUAAUGUCUACGAAUGUGCCUAAUGAUUUAUAUGAAUUGUUCACAAGCCAAAGUGCAUUAUCUGUAGACUUUUGCCGUCACUUGCGUGCCUAUAAUAGUAUAUUCUCCUUUACAUCAUUUGGAGUCCGUCUUGAUAAAAAUUUAUCAAAUAUGAAGACCGGGAUCUAUACUUUUCGUGCACAAGGUCAAGUAUACCAUGAAUUACCAUCACUUACACUUGGAGAUAAUGUACCGUGUUACCUCCAAUUAUACUUCUAUGACACUGAUAAUGAAUUGCAAAAUAGAAUGAGAAUUCUUAAAGAUGCAAAUUUGGAAGAGCCGAUUGUCGUAAAGUUAAUGGAGAUAUUAUCUGCAAAUCCAUACGAACAGUUUUUCCGAAGGCUAAAAGAUAUUCCUGUCCAAGAGAGUUAUGAGAUCAUUAUAAAAAAUGAUGUUCGCCUAGACCAAAGAGUUUACAAUUCACCUUCAUCGGACCAAGUUGCAGCUGUGUGGAUAGAAGGAACAAAUUCAAAUACACGUUCAGAACGAGAUAUAAUUGUUACUGCGCACUCAGGAAGAAGACAUAGAGUAAGGCACUACUUUGGAUGUUAUGAUCCAUUACAAUACCCUUUAUUAUUUCCAUUUGGUGAAAUUGGAUGGCAUCGUAAUAUCAAAACACGACAUCAACCAAGUAUCGUUCAACAUGUUACAUGUGAAGAAGAUAUUUUUGAACAUGAUAUUGCAACAAGAGUUGAACAAGCAAGAAGAACAAAAAAGGUUUCAUGCAGACAAUAUUAUUGCUACAAACUCCAAAUACGUGAAAAAGAACGAUCAAUUCUAUUAUAUGCUGGAAGACUUUUGCAACAAUAUGUGGUUGAUAUGUACAUUAAGCUUGAAUCGACUCGUUUAGAUUACUACCGGACACAACAAUCACAUAUUCGAUCUGAAUUAUACCAAGGAAUUGUUGAUAGCAUUGUAGCAGGAGAAUCUAGAGGAGAUAAAGUUCGAAAAAGGGUUGUUCUUCCCGCUUCUUUCAUAGGAGGACCUAGGGAUAUGCGUAGACGAUACUUUGAUGCCAUGUGUUUGGUUCAGAGAUUCGGAAAACCAGACCUUUUUAUUACAAUGACUUGUAAUCCUGAUUGGAAAGAAAUUCGCGACGAACUGAAAUUUGGACAGUUACCACAAGAUAGACCAGAUUUAACAGCUAGAGUGUUCAGAGCAAAGCUAUAUGAUGUGAAACAACAAUUAUUUAAAAGAUCGAUAUUUGGAAAAGUGGCAGCGCAUGUUCAUGUGAUUGAGUUUCAAAAAAGAGGUUUGCCACACGCACACAUAUUGCUCAUAUUUCAAUCUGAAUUCAAAAUUACAAAUGCAGAACAAUAUGACAAAUUGGUCUGUGCAGAAAUUCCUUCUGAGAAUGAAAACCCAUCACUUUAUCGGAAAGUAGUGAAACAUAUGAUUCAUGGUCCUUGCGGAGAUCUCAACAAAAAGAAUGCAUGUAUGAAGGAUGGGAAAUGUAAAAAUCUUUAUCCACGUAAAUUUGUUGAACAUACGAUUCAAGGUAAAGAUUCAUACCCUAUAUACAGAAGAAGAAAAGACAGCCAAAUAGUCUUUGUGCGUAAUGCAAUGUUAGAUAACAGAUGGGUUGUUCCUUAUAAUCCAUAUCUUUUAGAGAGAUAUGACUGCCAUAUAAAUGUCGAGAUAUGCUCAGGAAUAACAGCAGUAAAGUAUCUCUAUAAAUAUAUAUACAAGGGACAUGAUCGUGUUGCGAUUCACAUCUCAAAUGUUGAUGGAGGGAAUUUCGUAGAUGAAAUAAAAGAAUAUCAGGAUGCACGAUGGGUAUCACCACAAGAAGCAAUGUGGAGACUUUAUGAGUUUAACUUAAAUGAGAUGUAUCCUUCGGUUACCAACCUCCAAUUACACCUUCCAAAUAAACACACAGUUUGGUAUUGGGAGAACAAAAACCUAGAAUAUAUCAUUCGUUCUGAAGAUAUAUCACGCACAAUGUUGACAGAAUUCUUUCAUUUAAACUCCAUAUCUGAAAUAAGUAGAGACUAUUUGUAUAGGGAGAUUCCGGAGCAUUAUGUUUGGAACAAGCAAAAUAAAUGUUGGAGUCCCAGACACCACAAGGCGGUAAUAGGACGAGUUAAUGCCGCCAACCCUUCCGAAGGAGAAAGGUAUUACUUAAGAUUAUUGUUAAACCAUGUGCGUGGACCAACAUCAUAUAAAGAUUUAUUAUAUGUUAAUGGUCUCCAAUGUGUAACAUUUAAAGAGUCAGCAGAAAGAAGAGGUCUACUUGAAAGCGAUAAUAGCAUUGUUGAGUGCCUCAACGAUGCUGUGUGCUUCCAAAUGCCAAUGGCUCUUCGAAGGCUUUUUGCAACUUUAAUAGUUUUCUGUGACCCAAGUAAUGUUAGAAAACUUUGGGAUGACUAUUUUGAAGCUAUGUCAGAAGAUUUUUUACCCGACCCCAAUUCUUCCCCUGACUACCAACUCAUGGAAACACUUAAGAGCAUAGAAAACUAUUUAAUGAGCAUGGGCCGGAAUAUAAAUGAUUACGAUUUGCCAAAUAUUGAUUAUGCGAAUGAUUCCAACAGUUAUGAUUCCUCUAGAGAGAUCACCAACGAAAUGGCUAUUGUUACUCCGUCUGAUGAUUACAAUGCAAUAGUAAAUCUUAACAAUGAGCAAGAAAAUGCAUAUAAAACUAUACUUGAAUGCAUAAUCUCAAAUCAACCAAACAUCUUCUUCAUUGAUGGGCCAGGGGGUACAGGAAAAACGUAUUUGUAUCGUGCAUUACUUGCGAAGGUUAGAUCUGAACAUGGAAUUGCACUUGCAACUGCAACUUCUGGAGUGGCUUCUUCAUUAUUACCAGGUGGUAGGACUUCACAUUCAAGAUUUAAGAUUCCUAUCAUAGCUGACGAGUCAACUACUUGUAAUAUUUCAAAGCAAAGUUCAACUGCAGAACUCUUACGAAAAGCCAAACUAAUUAUUUGGGAUGAAGCACCAAUGGCUAAACGUUAUGCAAUAGAAGCAGUUGAUAGAACUCUACAAGAUUUACUUGGCAAUAAUUUAUCUUUUGGAGGAAAAGUUGUGGUUUUUGGCGGAGAUUUCAGACAAGUGUUACCCGUACUACCACGAGCGACUAGAGCUGAAAUUAUUGAAGCAAGCAACGGAGAGGAGCUGACUUUAUUAGACAACAUGAUUCAACUACCGAAAGAGAUAGUUAUAAACUCUAUAAUUGAAGAAAACUCUGAAAAUGCAUUGAUAGAUGCUAUAUUUCCGUCCCUUCAAGAAAAUUCUCACUUAGCGGAAUACAUAACUAAUCGAGCAAUUUUAGCAACAAGAAAUGAUUUUGUUGAUAAAAUAAACGGUCAGCUCAUUGAACGUUUUCCGGGAGAAUCUUCAACAUACUAUAGCUUUGAUAAAGCAAAUGAUGAUGCUGGUACCUACUACCAAGAAGAAUUUCUGAAUUCUUUACUCCCAAACGGCCUUCCACCUCAUAGACUAACGUUGAAAAUUAAUUGUCCUAUACUUUUACUAAGAAAUUUAGAUCCUGCAAAUGGAUUAUGUAACAGGACUAGGCUUAUAUGUCGUGGCACAAAAGAUAACAUAAUCGCUGCUGAAAUUUGCCAUGGACAACAUGUAGGAAAACAAGUACUGAUUCCAAGGAUACCUUUUUCCCCGGCAGAGAGUGAGGGAUUGCCUUUUUGUUUUACUAGAAAACAGUUUCCAAUACGAUUAAGUUUUGCAAUGACAAUAAAUAAGGCACAAGGGCAAACAAUUCCUCAUGUAGGAAUAUAUCUUCCAGAGCAUGUAUUCUCACAUGGACAACUAUAUGUGGCGUUAUCUAGAGGAACAUCAAUGUCGACAACUAAAGUCUAUGUUAAAAAAGACCAAAGAAUUGAAGGCAAUGCUAAAUAUACAAAAAAUGUUGUCUAUAAAGAGGUUUUGUUGCCAAGCAUAAACAAUCUUCAACAUGAGGAACCAAUGUUUGAUAAAACUAUAUCCGGCAAUGAUAUAGGUGCUCUCAUUAUGAAUUCAAAAUCUAAAGCUUUUGAUGGAGCCGAAAAAAUUUAUCUCAACAAGAUUAUUGGAAAAUCAAAAACUGCAUUUAUGAAAACAAAUUAUUAUUUCGAAGCAACAAUUCAAGAAAUUGAAAAUGAAAAGAAACCAUGGUACGACGCUUGUAUGGAAUGCAACAAGAAAGUCAAACUACUGAACAGUGGUAUUGUUUGUACCAAUUGCAACAUAAAGAAUGUAAAAUGCGUUCAAAGAUUUGUGAUGCGACUAAAAGUGACAGAUACAAAUGCAGAAGCAAAGAUAACAGUUUUUGAUGAUUGUCAGUCACUAAUAAAUUGUUGUUUGGAAGAUCUUCUACGACUAAAAAAUGAGGAAGAAGAAACAAAUGAGUUCAGUGACAUUGUUAAAAGAUGUGAAGGGAAGUCAUUUAUGUUUCUGGUGAAAAUAGACAACAACAAUGAUGAAUUAAUCAGAGGCCUCUUCGUCGCACAAGCAGUUAAAAAAGUUGGCCGAGACAAUGAUACAACAGAAGAACUUGGCACAGAACUUAGCAUUGACAAUGAUACAACAGAAGAACUUAGCACUGACAAUCAUCCAAUAGCAGAACUUCGAUCUCCCAAAAGGAUAAAACGCUCUUUCCAAAGGAAAAAUAUAAAAAUUCAGAAUAUUGAUUCAUAG